UACAAGGUGGUAUGUUAUUUCACCAAUUGGGCCUGGUAUCGCAAGGGUUUAGGUCGUUAUACCCCCGAUGAUAUUAACACCGAUCUAUGUACCCAUGUAGUCUACGGUUUUGCUGUCUUAGAUUAUUCUGAAUUGAUUUUGCGCACCCAUGAUUCCUGGGCAGAUAUCGAUAAUAAUUUCUAUACCAGAGUUAGUGGCCUAAAGAGUAAGGGUGUUAAGGUUAGUUUGGCUUUGGGUGGUUGGAAUGAUUCUCAGGGCGAUAAAUACAGUCGUCUGGUGCGUAGUCCCCAGGCUAGGGCACGCUUUAUAAAACAUUCCUUGGAGUUUUUGCAGAAAUAUGGUUUUGAGGGUUUGGAUUUGGAUUGGGAAUAUCCGGUGUGUUGGCAAACCGAUUGUAAAAAGGGUAUGCCAGAUGAAAAGGAAGGUUUUACCGCUUUAGUAAGAGAACUAUCGGAGGCGUAUAAACCUCUAGGAUUAUUAUUAUCUACCGCUGUUUCGCCCAGCAAAAAGAUCAUAGAUGCAGGUUAUGAUGUUCCAGAAUUGUCGAAAUAUUUCGAUUGGAUAGCUGUUAUGACAUAUGAUUUCCAUGGCCAAUGGGAUAAGAAGACCGGGCAUGUGGCUCCUUUGUAUUAUCAUCCUGAGGAUGAAUUUGAUUAUUUCAAUGCUAACUAUUCUUUGAAUUAUUGGAUUGAAAAGGGCGCUCCCUCACGUAAGAUAGUUAUGGGCAUGCCUUUGUAUGGUCAAUCAUUUACCUUGGAAAAUACACGCAACAAUGGUCUCAACGCCAAAGCUCCCGGACCCGGUAAAGCUGGAGAAUUUACCCGAGCCGCUGGUUUCCUAGCUUACUACGAAAUCUGUGAUCGUGUUAAACAUCAAGGCUGGGAGGUGAUACAAGACGAACAGGGACGUAUGGGUCCUUUUGCCCGCAAAGGUAAUCAAUGGGUUUCCUAUGAUGACAAGGCCAUGAUACGCAAAAAAUCUCAAUUGAUUAGAGCUCUUGAUUUGGGUGGUGGCAUGGUUUGGGCUUUGGAUUUGGAUGAUUUCCGCAAUCGUUGUGGUGAAGGGGUACAUCCUCUGCUCACGCAAAUACAUGAUGUUUUAAAGGAUCCACCCACGGACCAUGAAACAACACCGGGAUUGACACCAGCUUCUGAACCGGAAUCCAUAGAGGAAGUAGUAAACUCCCAGGAGAUAGUUUAUCCCAUGGAGAUAGAAACUGGUCCAGGAUCCAGCUCCGUUUCCAGUGAAACUAUUAAAGAUCCCAACGAUGAUGUAGAGGAAACUGAGGUGGAAAUUGUAGCUACCGAACAAGAAUUGGAAGAAGGUGUUACCUCUAACCAAGAUUUUAAGGUUGUCUGCUAUUUCACCAAUUGGGCUUGGUAUCGUCAAGGUGGUGGCAAAUUCCUUCCCGAAGAUAUAGACGCUCAACUCUGUACCCAUAUAGUUUAUGGUUUUGCCGUUUUGAAUCGUCAAACUUUGACCAUACAACCACACGAUUCUUGGGCCGAUUUGGAUAAUAAAUUCUAUGAGCGUGUAUCAGCAUAUCGUAAAAAGGGCACUAAGGUUACCGUAGCCAUAGGAGGCUGGAAUGAUUCUGCUGGUGAUAAAUAUGCCCGCUUAGUAAGAAGCUCAGCGUCUAGGGCCAAAUUUAUACGUCACGUUAUGGAGUUUAUAGAAAAGUAUGGUUUCGAUGGUUUAGACUUGGAUUGGGAAUAUCCAGUAUGCUGGCAAGUAGAUUGCAAAAAGGGUACUGCCGAUGAAAAGCAGGGUUUCUCAGAUUUUGUUAAGGAACUAUCGGAGGCCUUUAGGCCUAAAGGUUUAUUGCUAUCGGCCGCUGUUUCACCCAAUCAAAAGGUGGUGGAUGCCGGUUAUGAUGUACCACAGCUAACGAAAUAUUUCGAUUGGAUUGCUGUUAUGGCUUAUGAUUAUCAUGGUCAAUGGGAUAAGAAAACCGGUCAUGUGGCACCCAUGUAUGAUCAUCCCGAUGGUACCGAAGGUUUCAAUGCCAAUUUCUCGAUUAACUAUUGGUUGCAAAAGGGUGCCGAUCGCAGUAAAUUGAUUAUGGGCAUGCCUAUGUACGGUCAAUCAUUCUCCUUGGCGGAGGCUAAAAAUCAUGAUCUCAAUGCUCCAACUUACGGCGGUGGUGAGGCAGGAGAGGCCACUAGGGCAAGAGGUUUCUUGUCCUAUUAUGAAAUUUGUUCUUAUAUACGCAACAAAGGCUGGAAUGUGGUAAGAGAUCCACGCGGACGUAUGGGACCUUAUGCCUACUUACGUGAUCAAUGGGUCUCUUUCGAUGAUGCCCCAAUGAUACGCCAUAAAUCGGAAUAUGUUAAGGCCAUGGGUUUGGGUGGUGCCAUGAUAUGGGCAUUAGAUUUAGAUGAUUUCAAAAAUGAUUGCAAUUGUGAAUCGUAUCCAUUGUUGAAAACUAUUAAUAGAGUCUUGAGAAAUUAUCCAGGACCGCAUCCGAAAUGCAUGUUGGAGACUAAAGAUAGAUUGAUGAUUGCUGGUUCCUCAUCAAAUCCCUCGACACAGGCCGUCAAACCGAAACCUACCUCGCAAACCCAGGUGCAAUCACAACAAAUGCAAGCCAAACCCACAAAACCUACUCUGGGCCCAGUAAUAAAAGAAUGUUUGGGUAGAAAUUAUGCCCCUCAUGAGAGGGACUGCAACAAAUACUAUAUAUGUCAAUAUGGAGAACUAGUGGAACAAAAAUGUCCCUCCGGUUUGUAUUGGAAUGAAAAUCAUUGCGAUUGGCCUCAGGCUGUCAAGUGUAUGGUAAGAAAUGAUCAAACUACUCAACGGCCGGUGGCGCCCAGACCUAAGCCCACUAAACCUGUGGCAACCACAAAGGCUCCACCCAAAACCACCAAGAAACCCAUAACACCUCCUCAUAAAAAACCGGUGGCUCGGCCCAAACCUACACCUUCACCUCCUUUAAAUACUAAUGAGCAAUAUAAGGUCGUAUGCUAUUUCACCAAUUGGGCCUGGUAUCGUCCGGGUCAGGGUAAAUAUGUACCAGAAGAUAUAGAUGAAAACCUUUGCACCCACAUAGUCUAUGGUUUUGCUGUUUUAAAUAGUAACGCCUUGAAUAAAACCCACGAUUCUUGGGCCGAUAUUGACAAUCGUUUCUAUGAGCGCGUAGUGGCCUAUAAAAAUAAGGGUAUACGUGUUACCGUGGCCAUAGGAGGCUGGAAUGAUUCUUUGGGCAGUAAAUAUGCGCGCUUGGUACUGGACCCGCUGGCCCGCAAACGUUUUAUAGAAAGUGUUUUAGCGUUCUGUGAGAAAUAUGGUUUUGAAGGUUUAGAUUUGGAUUGGGAAUAUCCGGUUUGCUGGCAAGUAGAUUGUUCAAAGGGUUCAGCAGCUGAAAAGGCGGCCUUUGCUGCUUUGGUACGCGAACUUUCGGCGGCCUUUAAACCUAAAGGACUUUUGCUAUCGGCUGCUGUUUCUCCUAGUAAAAAGGUCAUCGAUGCUGGUUAUGAAGUACCCACUUUGGCACGCUACUUUGAUUGGAUUGCAGUCAUGACUUAUGAUUUCCAUGGUCACUGGGAUAAACAAACUGGACACGUGGCUCCCUUGUACUAUGUAGAAGGUGAUGAAAAUCCUUAUUUCAAUGGCAAUUUCAGUAUAAACUAUUGGAUAGAGAAGGGAACGCCUCCCGAGAAACUGGUCAUGGGUAUGCCUUUAUACGGACAGAGUUUCUCGUUGGCUGACACCAAUGCUCGCAGUUUGAAUGAUAAAACUGUGGGUCCCGGACGUGCUGGUACUUUUACUAGAGCUGGAGGCUUCUUAGCUUACUAUGAAAUCUGUGAACAAAUUAGCAAUGGUGGUUGGACGGUAAUCCGUGAUCCUGAAGGUAGAAUUGGUCCUUAUGCCUAUAGUGGAAAUCAAUGGGUUUCAUAUGAUGAUGUCAAUGAUAUAAGACGUAAAUCGCAAUUUGUUCGAAAAAUGCGUUUGGGUGGUGGCAUGGUUUGGGCUUUAGAUUUAGACGAUUUCCGUGGCAGAUGCGGUUGUGGUAAACAUCCUUUGUUGCGCACUUUAAAUCAAGAGUUGCGUGGUAUUCCCGGUCAGAGAGCAAAUGAUUGUACAUGAGAAAAAGAGGGUAAAAUAGAAAUAGAAAGAGAGAAUAGUUUAGUAUUGUGCCAAUAUAUAAAAAAUUAUAAUUAAUAACUCAGUUUUAUUAUUAUUAUUUUUUUAAAUAAAUUUAGAUUUUAAGUAAAAUUCGGUAAAGAAUUUUAAGCGAAAUAUAUAAGAAAAUAUGUACGAUUUAAUUUAAAACACGAAACGAUUUAAAAUAAAUAAUAAAUAUAAAAAAAU